GGCAGCGGGAGUCCGCGCGCGGGCGGCGUCACGAGGGGCGGGGCGGAGGCUCGCCGGGAAGUUGCUCCCGACAAGUUGCAGCCAUGUAAGUAACGCCGCGGCCGCUGGGCGGACACCGCCUUGGCCCGGGCACCUCAGAGGAAGCAGAAGGCAGGCGCCACCCUGCGCUCCGCGGAGGCCCCGAAAGGCUUCCACCGGAGGAAGCUCUCAUCUCCUGAAACCGGCUCUUUAUUCGCUGCCGAAAGCGGAAGACCUGGGCGAGGACCCGAGGGGCGAGGUGGCCGACGAGGGGACGGCGCGGCGGGCCCACUGGGUGUCCUGCAGGGUGCAGUUCCGGCGGACACUCCCGGGGGCUGAGCACGGCCCGGGACACCGAGGAAGCGGACGCGGGGUCGGGAGGCUGCCCCUCGGUUCCGCCUCCCCAUCGCCCGACGGCCGGCCGGGCCAUGUCCGGAGACCCGGGCUCGGCGGCCCCCCCCGCCGCCCCGGCGUUCCGGAAGCCCGCCCCGCGGAGCCUCAGCUGCCUCUCGGACCUGUACGGAGGUGCGGCCCCGGAGCCGAGGCCCUGCAGGCCCCCUGGUAGCCCGGGCCGCGCGCCGCCGCCACCACCGCCGCCGUCUGGCUGCGACCCCCGCCUGCGGCCCAUCAUCCUGCGGCGGGCGCGCUCGCUGCCCAGUUCGCCCGAGCGCCGCCAGAAGGGCGCGGGCGCGCCGGGCGCUGCGUGCCGGCCGGGCUGCAGCCGGCAGCACCGCGUGCGCUUCGCCGACGCGCUGGGCUUGGAGCUGGCACAGGUCAAGGUGUUCAACGCGGGCGACGACCCGUCGGUGCCCCUGCACGUGCUGUCCCGGCUCGCCAUCAACUCGGACCUGUGCUGCAGCAGUCAGGACCUGGAGUUCACCCUGCAGUGCCUGGUGCCCGACUUCCCCCCGCCCGUCGAGGCCCCGGAUUUCGGAGAGCGCCUGGGGCGGCAGCUCGUGUGCCUGGAACGCGUCACCUGCUCGGACCUGGGCAUCAGCGGUACCGUGCGCGUGCGCAACGUGGCCUUCGAGAAGCAGGUGGCCGUGCGCUACACCUUCUCGGACUGGCAGAGUGCGCACGAGGCGGGGGCGAGGUGGCGCGGGCCGGCGGGCGCUGAGGGCUCCGAGGACGUCUUCGCCUUCGGCUUCCCGGUCCCGCCCUUCCUGCUAGCGCUCGGCUCCCGCGUGCACUUCGCGCUGCGCUACCGCGUGGCGGGCGCCGAGUACUGGGACAACAACGACGGCCGAGACUACAGCCUCACGUGCCGAAACCACGCCCUGCACAUGCCACGCGGGGAGUGCGAGGAGAGCUGGAUCCACUUCAUCUGAGCCUCCGCGCGCAGGCCGCCCCGGCGGACACUUCCUAGCAGCACGCUGGCAUCCGGGUGGUGCUCCUCCCUCACACCCCUUCCCCACCCCGAGCUCCUGGAAGCUCACUUCCUGCUGCAAGGUGUGCUGGCAGUGGCCUGUCCUGUCCCACCUGCAACGUUUAUGGUCUAAAAAGUAGCCUCAGGUGCCAGAAGGCCGAGCCUGUGCUGGGGUGGGGUGCUGGGUGAGUAGACGCAUGGGUGUGUCGGCCCAUCCCAGGGUGUUCUUGGAAAGGCCUGCAUCUCCCCGCUGGGAAAGCCUGUGGCUUUUGCAUGUGUCCUGAUUGGAUCUCCGUGAAUGCAGUUACUGUUAUCAUUGUGAUGUUGGGACCUUUUACCUGAGUGGAUGCCUUCCCGGGAAUAUUCUGGAUUUAGUAAGCUAAGAAAACGUCUGGUUGUGUGUUUGUGCUCACUGUAAACAGAAUGUACAGUGUGACCCCAUCGUGGUCCCUCAAGGCAUUCCCGACCCGGGACACGGAAAACCCGAGAUCACAUUUGCUUGCCAAUAUCUGUAGGCUUCUCACAGCCGGGAAACUAUUAAUAGGCAAGAAAUUUAUGCUUCAUCAGUCAUCAUACAACCAUUCCUGGGAGUUCAGGCUGCCCUGUUUAGGCUGUGUGUCUCCUACACCAGCAGCCGAGAAGAAGGAACAUGCUUAAAACUUAUAACUAGCAAGAUAGCCCUUCUGCAGUCUCUCCUCUCACUUAAUGUAUUUUUCUUGUUAUGUGUUUGAUAAUUAUGAUCUGCACUUUAUCAGGCCAUUCUGUGUAGGUUUGAACUACCUACACAUUUAAAGAAAUUCUGCCUUAAGUUAUUUCAAUUUUAGGCAACUCUGUAGAAUUUCAGGCAAGGAUGCCCUUUCAAAUUACCUUUUUGAUGAUAAAAGGUGACUCUGUUUAUAUCUUCUUAAGUGUCAAAGGUUCCAGCAGUCAUCUUUCAGAAGACAUGUUACCAAGUGGAACUAGCAGGUAUUUUCAGCAACAGACAGAGCACUGGAGGAAAAACAAUACACAAAUAUUUAUGCUUUUUAAUUAUUUUAAAUUAGAUUUGUAUGUGCCUGGUUUUACCAGCUACCUGCCAACUGUAUUCUUUGUGCCUUCAGAUAGAAAAUUUUAUUACAUUAUCUGAACUUGUUUCCCAGUUUUAAAACAUUAAAUGCUUUUUGUAAAAAAAAAAAAAAGAAAAGAAAAGAAAGAAAAAAAAAUUUAAACCAAGAAGUCAAGACGUUUGUCCCCUGCAGGGUGCCGCAAUGACUUAAAACUCUCUGGGAGGGGCUCAUGAUUUUUUGGGUCCUGAGUGAUAGUCCUGACAGCAGGUGCUAGCACUGAGGUGUGAAAACCCAGCUAAGAUGGACACGGUUUCCAACUUGGAAGUUGGCUUCUGGUACAGUUGAAACCAUGUGAUCCAUGUUGUGUUAGGUGUCACCAGUGAAUUAACUCUAAAUUUUUGAAUGCUUGUUGCCAUUUGGCAAAUAGGUGUAAAGGAUGAGUUUUGCCUUUUAACUGAUUUUAUAUAUAUAUAUAUAUAUAUGAUUGAAACUUGUGUUUUGAUUCCAACAACAGGGAUGACUUUCUUUGGUAACUUCUGGUCUAAAAAUACUGAAUUUUUAUUUGAAAUAUUGUGACUAAAUUGAACAGUCAUUGCCUCUUAGCACUGUGUACUACAUUGGCAUACCAGAGGGAGAGAAGCCUGGUUCCAUUUCCUGCUAUUUAACUAACUGUCCAGUUAGGUCAGCAAGUCUGUGAGGGCCUUGGCUGCUGUGCCCUGGAUCCUGGCCCAGCGUGCAAGGCGCUUGUCCAGAGCAUUCAGGUAUGAGCUAGUGCUGGCGCAUGUGUUGUAAAGUCAUGUAGAGAACCUUAUAAUCCACCUGAAGAUCACUUGUCAAAAAGGUUCUGGUCACAGAGUAUGAAAUAAAUGUUAUAUCUUCAAUAUUAAGAGAACCUCAACGUGCCUUUGAAAAAAAGGAUCAACAUUUAAAAAUGUUAAAGCUUAAACAUAUCUGCCUAGUUGAUCAAGGAGCAGUGGAACAGCUUAAGGAGAUUUUCAGACCUGAAAACACACUUAUGUGGCCUGGUUGUUCAAAUUUUGUGCAAUUGUUGGGUUGUCUCCCCAAACAUAUUUUAAUGUCUGGCUUUUAAGAUGACUUCACCUAAGCCUAAAUAUUAAAGUAUAUAUACGCACAA